UCUAUGGGAGCGGUAUGUUGACAAUCAAUUAUUUUCUAGAGGUUUGGAUUUUCCUUUUGCUGAUUUUGAGAUUAUGCAACAUUGCGGAAGCAGAAAAUGGGAUUUGUACAUCUCCAGAAUCAAAAAAAGUUUGCUGUACUAAUUAUCACGAAGUUAACGAUGUUUGUAUGAAAUGUCCAAUCGGUACAUAUGGUGAAAAUUGUACGGAAAAUUGUCCAGAUGGGAAGUAUGGAGAAUUUUGUUUACACCAAUGUGAAUGCAAAAUGAAUCAACAAUGCAAUUUUAUGUUUGGAUGUUUAGAGCAAGAUUUAGAACCACAAUUCACAUUCACCACUUUCACCCUCCUGAAGAUAUCAGCGGGCUUCUUGAUCAUUAUUAGUAUUGUAAUAGGUGUCACCGUGUGUGUUGUUAAAAGAAACAACUUGUCAAGAAACUACAGCGUGUAUCAAUCACCUGUACCUGUAUUCUAUAGUGCGGAUAAACAAAUACAAUUAUCCGAGAUAGAACAAGAACACUACCAAACUCUUUUCUGAGGAAAAGCUUGUCAUUUAUGCCAGUGUAUUUAUAAACUUAAUGUUUGCAAACUAAUUAAACAACUUAGGGUUAAAAAAAAAAUACCAACAAAAAUCAUUAGCACUGUACAGCUUAAUGUUAGAAGUAGACAAUUGCAAUUGCAUGUAAAUGUCAAGUUGUUAUGAACUGAUAUUAUAUAUUAUGAAACAUACAUUGUGAUGAUCAUUUUUUCCUGUUUGUUCACUAAUUAAUUAUUUUUAUUGAAUGUAUAUAUA